UUCAUCUUCAAAAGUACGACGGACCUACCGAACGUUACAGAAAUGUUAAUCUACCCCCUCUCUCUCUCUCUAGAGUAGCCGUUGCUUAAUUUACUGGAUUUUCUUCAUCAUUUGGAAAUCAAAUGAAGGGUUGUUUUUGGCUGUAGGUUUUCAGUGGUGGUUUAAGAUCAGUUUAAAGUGGGUUUCUUGAAAUGGACGAGAAGGGAUUUCUAGAUCAAACCCUAGAAAUAGAAAAGUCUGAUGUUUUGACCAGCAAGGAUGAAGAUGUAGAAAAGGGGAUUUCUUUGUUUGUUGAUGUAUUUGGACCAUCAAAAUCUCAAAAGCGAUUGUGUGUAGAAGAAGAGGAUUUGGUUAGUGGAAGUGAUUUGGAAAACCCUAAAUCAAAGAUUUCAGAGAAUGAAAGUUCUUUAAUUGGUAUGAUGCUAAAUGGGACUUUGAAUAAAGAAGAAAACCCUACUUUUAGUAUUGUUCAAGUACAGUUUUCUUUAGGAGAUCUUGUUUGGGUGAAGAACACGUCUUAUAAUUGGUGGCCUGGUUUGAUUUUCGAUCCUUCUCACAUACAGGCUGAUGAUGAUCCUGCUGAAAAUUCUGAAUUUAGCAAAGCCCUUUUGGUAAAAUACUUUGGAACUAAUCGGAUGGUUUGGUGCGAUCCUUCUCAAUUGAAGCCGUUUGUUGAAAACUUCGAUGAGAUAUCAAAGAUGAACAAUUCCAAGGUGUUUCGUAGUUCAGUUGAUAAAGCUGUGAUUGAGCUCAAUGAGCGUGUGGAGCUCGAUUUGGGUUGCUCUUGUAAAUCAGAACAAGGCAAAAGAAAUAUCGAUCGUGGUGGUAUGAUAUCGAAAUUUCAACCGGGUCUUUUCCUUUCAUUGGUCAAAUGCCUUGCCCGAGAUGGUUUUAAGCCCUAUAUUCUUGAGGUUGCUUCUGUUCAAAAACUAUUGGGAUCGUUUUAUCGUUCGAAAGAAGAUUAUCAAAGGACAGAAGACAAUCUUGUCACGGUUUCUUCACGACAAGGCCAUGAAUCGAGGGAGAGAAGGAAAAGCAAGUACUUAUCAUUUCCUUACACGGACAAGAACAAAGAUUUACAGCCUGAACCUAAGCGUGCAGAAAAGAAGAAGUUGAACAAGAAAAAGAUUGAUGGGAAUGAGAAUUCUUCUGUUUUCACCAGAGAUGAUGUUAUAAACGAACCGCCCCUCGAAAUGCUAUCGAAUCUCCUUAAAGCGGCGGUUAUAGGACAUUCUGUUUCGGGGGAGCGAUGUUUGUUAGGAUUCAGAACAUGGGCAUUCUGCGAAAAGUCAAUCUUCGAUCUUCAUGUUAUGGAAACGGAAGGAGCUGAAGUAGAAAAACUAGAUACCUAUAGUUGCACUUUGGCAAAUAUUAGGUCUAACAAUAAAAAACCGGGAAGAAAGGAAGAGAUAUCAACCACCAUUUCCAAUCUUGCUGUCUCAGUGGAAAAGGACAUACAAGAGGGAAGCACCAAGAAGAAAAAACGGAGAGAUAUUGCUCCCGGUUCUUCAGAAACGAGCUGCCCUCUGCCCGAUAUUAGCUCAAAAAUGAAUAAACAGAGGAAAAAGCAGGCCACCAUUCCAGAAACGAGUUGCCCUCUGCCCGAUAUUAGCGCCAACGAGAUCGACAUAGGAAAAGAGGAAGAAAAACCCGGAGUCAUACCAGGUUUUGCUACAGGUUUUUCAGAAAUGAGCAUCGAUUUUCAAACUGAGGAAGGGAUAUCGACAACAGAUGAUAAAAUCAAGCAAAAGAAAAGAAAGAGGAAUAACCCGAGAAUCAUACCGGGGUUUGUGAAGGCCAAUAUCAACACUGGAUUGCCAGAUUUGAAUGGAAACAUAAACGAAAAUCAAGUGAUCGAGAGCAGCCCCGGUUCAGUCUUCAAAACCUUCCAAACAAUGGAUUUUUCUACUCUGCAAAACUUUCUAUCAAUAAACCAAGACGAAACACUCGAGUCGAACCAGCCCGAGAUCGCUGGAAACAUAGUACAGACAGAAGAACCGCCCAAGAAGAAGAAAACAAAGAAGAAGUCAAACAUAAACUUAUCCGACAUGAAUCUAACCUACAUAAAGCUACAAGCAGAAGAAGAGUCCAUAGGCUCUGCUCUUGUCCUCAAAUUCGAUCAAGAACAACCGCCCCUUCCUUCAAAAGAAGCUCUUCUCGCAGCCUUUUCGGGGUUUGGAAUCCUGAACGAAUCAGAAACCGAAGUCUUCAACGAAACUCAUACCGCCCAAGUUAUAUUCUUGAACGGUUCUGAAGCAAGAAACGCUUUUUGUAGUUUGGAGAAGACAGGCCCAUUUGGAACUUCGCUGAUCACUUUCCGACUCAUCCAUCUUUCAGAACCGCCGCCCAAAUCGUCGGAAAUGGAAAAUGCCCGUCGAACUGAUUCAUCCCCGUCAACAUCAUUUCCGAUACCUGCUGUUGCUGGUGUGAACGGUCUUCUUUUACAGUCAAGACCAACUGCGGUUUUAAUGAAGAGGCCUCAACAACAACAAGAACAACGACAACAUAAUGCGAAUUUUAAGAGGAUGAAAAACAGUUUGGAGAUGAUGACAAGAAUGCUGGAAAAAACUGACAAUAAUCUUUCGCCGGAGUUGAGAGGAAAGUUGGAAAAUGAUAUUAAAGGUCUCAUGACAAGGCUUAGGAGCAUGAAUGGUACUGCCUAAUGAAGAAGAAGAAGAAGAAUGUAAAGUAAUGUACCCUUUAUGUCUUUAUGUCUCAAUCUUUCCCUGUUAGAGUUUGAGCUGAUUUAUGUUCAUGUUUUUGUACUUAAUUGCAACUUCAAAGGGACAAGAAGAAGGCAUGAAAAAACCUUAGAAAAAUGUUUAAGCAAUUUUGCAAUUUCACUUGAC